GCAGCAAUGGUGAGCUGGGCUAGCAUCGUUGCUAAUACGUGCUAGCAUAAACACAAACGUCUACUUGACGUUACGCAGACGUGUCCGGGUCGCGGGGUCAGCAGUCUCAGCAAGGAAGCCCAGACUUCCCGGUCCCCAGCCACCUCCUCCAGCUCCACCGGGGGGACACCAAGGCGUUCCCAGGCCAGCUGUGAGACAUAAUCCCUCCAGUAUGUCCUAAGUCUGCCCCGGGGGCUUCUCCCGGCUGGGCAUGCCCGGAACACCUCACCAAGGAGGCGUCUGGGCGGCAUCCCGACUAGAUGCCCGAGCCACCUCAACUGGCUCCUCUCGAUAUGAAGGAGCAGUGGCUCUACUCUGAGCUCCUCCCGGAUGACCGAGCUCCUCACCCUUUCUCUUAGGAUGAGUCCAGCUACCCUACGGAGGAAAGUCAUUUCAGCCGCUUGUAUCCGCGAUCUCGUUCUUUCGGUCACAACCCAAAGCUCAUGACCAUAGGUGAGGGUGGGAACAUAGAUUGAUCGGUAAAUUGAGAGCUUUGCCUUCUGGCUCAGCUCUCUCUUCACCACGACGGUCCGGUACAGCGACCGCAUUACUGCAAACGCUGCCCCGAUUCGUCUAUCGACCUCACACUCCAAUCAAUCCAAGACCCCGAGAUACUUGAACUCCUCCACCUCAGGCAGGACCUCAUUCCCAACCCGGAGGGAGCAAUCCACCCUUUUCCGACUGAGAACAAUGGCCUCGGAUUUGGAGGGGCUGAGUGUCAUCCCAGAAGCUUCACACUCAGAUGCAAGCCACCCCAGUAAACGAUGAAGGUCACAGCUCGUUGAGGCCAUCAGGACCACAUUGUCUGCAAAUAGCAGAGACGAGAUCCUAAGACCACUAAACUGGACUCCCUCGACGCCUUCGCUGCGCCUAGAAAUUCUGUCCAUGAAAAUUAUGAACACAAUCAGUGACAAAGGGCAGCCUUGACGGAGGCCAACGUUCACCGGAAACAGGCUGCCCCGUGCUGCUUGGCCUGCCGAUGCCCAUCAGCUGCUUCAGGAGUCCCACAAGCCAUCCAUGCUUGAUAAGACUCCUUCAUCAGCUUGACGGCAGCCCUAACCUCUGGUUUUCACCAUCGGGUUCGGGGCUUGCCGCCACAACUGGCACCCACCACCUUGCGGCCGCAGCUCCGAUCGGCUGCCUCAGCAAUGGAGGCACGGAAUACAGCCCAUUUGGACUCAAUAUCCUCAUUCUCCCCCGGGAUGCAGGCAAAGCUCUGCCAGAGGUGAGAGUUGAAGACUCGAUGAACAGGAGACUCUGCCAAACGUUCCCGGCAAACCCUCACUACACGUUUGGGCCUCCCAGGUCUGUCCGGCAUCCUCCCCCACCAUCUAAUCCAACUCAUCACAGGGUGGUGAUCAGUUGACAGCUUAGACCCUCUCUUCACCUGCGUGUCCAGAACAUGCGGACGCAGGUCUGAUGAUACGACUACAAAGUCGAUCAUAGACCUGCGGCCAAGGAUGUCCUGAUGCCAUGUGUCCUUGUGGACAUCCUUAUGUUUGAACAUGGUGUUUGUGAUGGACAAACUGAGGUUCGCACAGAAGUCCAACAACAUCACACCACACGGGUUCAGAUUGGGCAGGCCGUUCCUCCCAAUCACGCCCCUCCAGGUCACACUGUCAUUGCCCACAUGGGCGUGAAGUCUCCCAGUAAAACGACGGAGUCACCAGUUGGGGUGCUCUCCAGCACCCCUCUGAUGGACUCUAAGAAGGCUGCGUACUCUGAACUGCCGUUCGACGUGUACGCACAAACAACAGUCAGGACCCUUUCCCCAAUCCAAAGGUGGCCCGGCCGGGUCCCACUGGUGAGGACUGGCCCACUGGCCUGCGAACCCCCCCACCAUAAGGUCUUCUGAAUCACUCUUGGUCUGGUCCGUCACCUAGGACCUGUUUACCUUGGGAGACCCUACCAGGGGCAUAUACUGUACUGUAGCACCAGACAACAUUGCACCUAGGAUCACUCGGGCACACAAACCCCUCCACCACGAUAAGGUGGUGAUUCACGGAGGAGAUAAAUCAAUGAUGUGUAACUGAAACAAUAAAAGAUGUUCAAAUUUAAUAUUAAAUAUAUAUUAUUAUAGAGUAUUAAAGUAUAUACAUACUGGGGUAUUUAUUUACUCAACUGCAGAGAAAGCCAGGUGUAUUGGGGGUUAGGAGGAAGGCGGAAAAGCUUUUAUUUGUACACAUGCAUUUUUAUGGUCAUAUUAAAUUAUGUUCUACUGUAUAUAUUGUUCUUUUCCCCUAACCCUAACCAAAUAAUAUUACUUAAAAAUAAAAUAAAAUAAAAUAUUAAAAAAAUAUAUAUCAUAUGUACCGCAAUAUAAUAUGUAUUAUAAUUAUUAGUACAUAUUAUGGGAUGGAGGCUUUAUUUGUACAAAAGCUUAAAAUGAUAAUGAUAAAAUGAUAUCCCCUAUGUUUUUCCUUCCCCCCCACAAAUAAUGAAUACAAUUUAAUUAACUUAUCUAUAUUACCAUAUCAUUUGUCUUACAUGUUUUUUAAUGAUUCCGUACAAAAGUUCAUAAUAUUCUGUAUUACAUUGUAUUAUUUUCCCACAAAUAAUGUACAGUGUUACAAAUAAAACAAUUGUGUUGCAACUGAUUUUUGAAAUAUAUUUUUUGUACUUGACCGUGACCAUUUUAACCGUUUUUUUGUCGUAGUAGUACACUGUGAUGUUGCAUUAUCGCACCUAAUAACAAUGUAGGUGAAUGAAGCAUCCAGCACUCAUCCAUUCACUAUCUGCUUUUUUUCUUGCUUGCUUUUUACUCUGGUGCACGGUGAAAACCGUGCGUGGACCAACCCACUAAGGGAUGCCACGCACGCAUGUCAUUCACACUGUGUGAAUGCUUUCCUUCUUUUUUGUUUGUGAAAGGCUGCAUCUUUCGUGAAGCCUUUUAUCGGUGACUCACUGCAGCCUGAAUGUGUGCGGUGCGUCUCCUCUACCUCCUCCUCCUCCUAAAAAAAAAAAGAAGAGAGAGAAAAUCUUGCAGGAGGGCGUGUCUGCAUGUCAUCGAGACUGCUUUUCCAUAUUCAUGUCAGGGCUUCAGCCUCAUCUCACGGACACGGAUGCGCAAACUGCAACGCGCCUUAACAGGACCUGUAAAGCGGUGCUCAUAUCUCCCCCAACCUAAGGAGAGUGCAUAUUUGGAUUACAACAACAAGACUCCAGCAUGGGAUCCAACCCAAAACGGACAGUGACAGUCCAGAUGGUGCCUCAGGUGCCUGUGGUGGACCCGCUCACUAAUAAGGAGUCCAACGCCAACUGGGUAAAGGAACCCGACUUGAAACUCUCCCAGGAUUGCCAGAAACCUGGACGCACGACACCAGAACACAAUCAGGGUCAGAUCCCCAAAACGGGAACUGAGGAAACGCCAGUCCAACCCACAGAUGGAACCCUUAAGAUGACUGCAGACUUGUCGGCUCAGGGUUUGGUUGAGGCGGGAGGCCAGGUGAGGGAUGCUAACGCCAAUAUUAGCAACCUAUUAAGCCUGGCUGAUGAAAGGGUCGUAUGUAAGAGCCCCAUUUCUCCAUUAACCAUUACUGGGAAGACGUCGCAUGAGGACAAGCCGGUGGUCACAACCUCGCCCCGGAAUAGCUCAACAAAACUUGACGAGUCAAGACACCUUACACUUGAAGGGAACCUGGAUAAAGAAAGCACAUCAACUUCAGAGAUUCCAAAGGAGACCAAUCACAAACGAAGGCGCUCCGUUUCUCAAGAGUUGCCCGAGCUCAACUCGAAUUCCCCUUCGACUCAUCGUCAAGAGGUGUCUGUGGACAAACAUCAGCCAGCGGCCUCCCAGAUGGAACCCUCACAGCAUGUCGAUACAGCUGUCGCACAACAGCAGGUCGAACCUCUGAGGAAGCUCUAUAAGGAGGCCUCGACCAUGACCUCCUCGCUGUCAGCCACCCCGGUCAAGCAGGGUAAAGAUGCAGAAGUCCAGGCAGUCGCUAGCACCAGCAGCAAGGCUGUUUCCACCAGCCCAAGCCUGCUGCCCUUCAUGCCGAAUGCCGGCGCCCUCGAGGAGGUGCAGAGCCUCGCCGUCAUCUACCAGACCGAUGGGAGUUUAGGAUUCCAUCAGAUGGGGCCGCCGCAGGUGAAUACACUUCCAGCUUCUGCAGAUCUGCGAUCGGAGAGGCUGACCGUUGAGGCAGAAAUGUGCCCCACCAGGAAUGACGCAAAGCUAGGGGCAAAACCUAAAGAAACCACCUCAUCCCAACUCCAGCCUGUUUAUCAAAUCAACAUCGAGCAUGGCAACUGGAAGGAGAUGGAGACAAAAAAUGUAACAAAAAAGGUUACUUCAGGACCAUCUCCAACAAUGGCUGUCCCUAGCAAGCCUGGAUAUGUUCACAAGGCCAUCACAGCCCAGACUGACCUGGCGCUGCAAAUGUCUACAUCAACAAAUAUGUCAUCCAAGUCAACAGAAACAAAAGGUACGAGUCCUCAAGAAAAUUUGAAAGGUAAAGACUUGACAAAGGGGCCAGAUUCCGGCAAGCAAAAGGAGGCCGAAGCAGAGAGAAGCGACGAGGAGGACGACGAUCAGAAGCAGAAGGGAAAGAGCGUCCAUGACGUUGUUUGGGAUGAGCAGGGGAUGACAUGGGAGGUCUAUGGUGCAUCUGUGGAUCCGGAGUCCUUGGGUUUCGCCAUCCAGAGCCACCUGCAGUGCAAAAUCAAGGAGCAGGAGAGGAAACUGAUUGCUCAAACCUCCUUCCGCAAGUCCAUCACCGGCCUGGACUCACCACGCGGCGGCAAGAAGAGCAAGCGGCGGCAGCACAACCUGUUCAGGUCUAUGCUGCAGAACGUGCGGCGCCCGAACUGCUGCAUGCGCCCCCCUCCUUCCUCCAUCCAUGAUUAGAGGCUGAGCCAAUGUCAGACUCCCCCACACCCCCACUCUGUCCCCCGUCCCACUCUUAGAGGUCAAGGUAUUGUCCUCCGCUGGUCACCACUGCAAUGCCACGUUGAAGCCGUACACGGGACGGCGCUCCUGUGAGUAUCUUGGAAUGUUUGUAGGCUAGAGUCGUGACAUUUGUGAUCAAAGGAGAUCCAUCGCGAUGAAGUAAAAAGUAUUAAAUGAACAACUACUUUUAUAGAAAUGGGUAUUUAAAAGAAGAGUUUUUAAAUAACAAAGGCAAUAAUAAUAAUAGAAAAAAGCAUGUAUAUUAGUCGCAAUGUACGAAAAGAACUGCAUUAAAAAGGUAGUGGAUACUGGCGGGUUAUGAUUUGCUGUCAAACUACGUGUGCAAAUACAUGAAACCAAGAUCACAUUGGAUGUUUUUGAUGCAUUUGGGGGGAACUGUAUUUAUAAGAGCCCCACCCCUUAAUUUCUAGUUAGCACAGUCAAGCAAAAAACAACAAAACUGUGUAUGCAUACACAUACUGUUACUUUUUGGUUUUCUAUUAAAAGACGAAAAAACACAAGUCGAGCGUCUGUGUAGGCUCUCAGUCGUACAGGAGUUGUCCAUCGAGGAAAAGGCUUCUUGAGACGUC